AUUACAGAUCUGAGCUAAUCGGGACGGGUAUAAAAGAAGGCGCCUGUGAUCGAGCAGGUUAGAGAGCCGCAUAAUGAAGUGCCUGACGCUAUUGGCGCUAUUGUUCUUGGCCACGUUGGCCUUCGUUCAAGCCGGAAAGGUGAUGAUCAACGGAAAGUGUGUGAACUGUUCACAUGACCAUACCACCACAACCACAACCACCCACAAGCCCGCAAGGGGCAGAGCAACCACCGCCAAACCCAAGCCGAAAUCAUCUCCGACCCACAGGCGACCUUCGUCGGAUGAGGACGAUAAUGACCUGGACGGUGGCUUCUCCCUCCAUCAAUCUGGUGGAUCUCAAUACAUAGGCCGGCGAUCCAAGCGCCAAUGGGGUGGUCAGUACAUUGAUCUGGGCGGAUCUGGCGGACGAGGAGGAGGCGGCAGCGGCGGAGGUGGGGGUUGGUCAGGAGGUGGCGUUACCACCAUUGAUUCCCGACCCUAUCCCGGAGGAACCCUAGUCCGCAACAGUGACUGUGUGGGCUGUAAUAUUCGUGGUUAAUACCACGGAAUUUAAAUACAAUAAAUUUUUAUGAAAAUAAA